AUGUCGCAUCUGCUGAAGACCGUCGUGACCAGCCUGGCUCUAACCAGCGCCGUCAUUGCUUCUGAACCAGUUGACACUCUAGUCACUUCGCAAAUUUUGGCUGAUCCUUAUGCCUUUGACUUCCCUCGUCUGGGCGCUGCCGGAGAUUUGUUGUUUCCUAUGCGUAAAUGCCACGGCUUCAAGUUGGAGGAAGCAACUGUUGAUGAGAUCCAGCAUCAGUUGACCAGUGGUAGCCUCACUAGUGUUGAGCUGUUGGAAUGCUACCUCGAUCGUAUUCACCAGACACAACCAUAUCUCAAUGCCAUCCUGCAACACAAUCCGGAUGCUUUCUCUAUUGCACAGAAGCUGGAUCAUGAGCGUGCUCAGGGUAGGGUUCGUGGUCCUCUCCAUGGAAUUCCUUUCAUCGUGAAAGACAAUAUUGCCUCCAAGGAUCGCAUGGAAACUACUGCUGGCUGCUGGGCUUUGCUUGGUAGUGUUGUGCCUCGUGAUUCCUUUGUUGUCCAUGGUAUGCGCAAGGCCGGUGCUCUGCUCCUAGGAAAGGGUGCUCUGAGCGAAUGGGCUGAUAUGCGCUCCAACAACUACUCCGAAGGUUUCUCUGCCCGUGGCGGACAGUGCCGCAGCGCCUACAACUUCACUGUGAACCCCGGCGGUAGCAGCACCGGUCCCGGUGUUGCCGUGGGUGCCAAUUUGAUUCCUAUUGCUCUCGGCACCGAGACUGACGGAAGUGUCAUCAACCCUGCUCAGCGCAAUGCUAUUGUUGGAAUCAAGCCCACUGUCGGUUUGACUUCUCGCGACGGUGUUAUUCCCGAGUCUCUCCACCAAGAUACCGUCGGUACUUUUGGAAAGACCGUUCGUGAUGCCGUUUAUGCUCUAGAUGCAAUCUACGGAAUCGACCCCCGUGACAACUACACCCUCGCCCAGAAGGAUCUGACUCCCUCAGGUGGCUACACCCAGUUCUUGUCUAACAAGUCUGCCCUCAAAGGCGCCGUGUUUGGUCUGCCCUGGGAGUCUUUCUGGGCUUUGGCCGAUGCCGAACAGCUCGCUCAGCUCCAAGAGCUUCUCACUCUGAUUGAAUCUGCCGGUGCCACCAUCAUCAACGGCACUGAGCUGCCCCACUACAAGGACAUCGUCUCGCCCGACGGCUGGAACUGGGAUUACGGAACUUCUCGUGGCUUUCCCAAUGAGAGCGAAUACUCCUAUGUCAAGGUUGACUUCUACAACAACCUGCGUGACUACCUUGCCGAGCUAAACAAUACCGAUAUCAAAUCGGUCGAGGACCUUGUUCAGAACAACAUUGACAAUUACGGCUCAGAGGGUGGUUAUCCAAGCAUCCACCCUGCCUUUGGCUCUGGUCAGGAUGGCCUCAUUGCCUCGAUGGAAAGCAAGGGUGUCAUGAACGAAACCUACUGGUCCGCCCUAGAGUACUGCCAGCGCACCACUCGCGAGGAGGGUAUUGACGCUGCUCUGAAAUAUGGAAACAGCACUCUGAGUGGCCUUCUUGUUCCUCCCGAUGUUGCCCAGAGCAUUCAAAUCGCCGCGCAGGCUGGAUACCCUGUUAUCACCGUCCCUGCUGGUACAAGCAGCGUGUCUGGCAUGCCGUUCGGCCUUGCUAUCAUGAACACUGCCUUCUCCGAGCCCACUCUGAUCAAGUACGCUAGUGCCAUUGAGGACCUUCAGAAGACCUCUGGCACUAAGUAUCAGCGUACUCUUCCGGAGUGGCGCGGCUACUUGGAGCGAAACUUGCCAGUUAUCUAA